AUGCCGCUGAAGAUCGUGCCAUCGACCUCCAAGGCUACCCUUAAACAACUUCAAACCAAACUGAAGAGUCUGCAGAGCUCGUUCAACAUCAUCGAAAAGUUCAAGAAUGAGUUUAAGGAGGACACCACUGCCAACGAGAUCACUGUCCGGCUUGAGCGGUUCGAUGAAUUGUGGGAGCGAAUUGUUGAAUGUUCUUCUGAAGUGGAAUGCCAUGACGAUUAUGUUGCGGUGGAAGACCACGUUCGCCUACCGCAAAUCAAGCUUCGCACUUUCGACGGGAACAUCGAUGAAUGGUUCAGCUUCAGGGAUCUCUAUUCAUCUCUCAUUCACUGGAAGCAGGAACUACCUGAGGUGGAGAAAUUCCACUAUCUCAAGGGAUGUUUGGAGGGAGAAGCGCGAUCACUAAUCGAGCCAAUCAAGAUCACCACACGGAACUACCAAGUUGCUUGGGACUUGUUGCUGAAGCGGUACAACAACAGCAAGCUGCUGAAGAGGAGACAGGUUCAAGCUCUUUUCAAGCUACCUGUUCUCACCAAGGAAUCGGUUACGGACUUGCACAGGACGCUCGACAGCUUUCAGAGGACGGUGCAAUCUCUGGAUCAGAUUGUCCAACCUGCGGACUAUCGGAACUUGCUGCUGGUCGAGAUUCUGAGCUCUCGUUUGGAUCCUUACACCAGAAGGGGUUGGGAGGAGUACACUUCAACGCAGGAGAAUGACACGCUGGUCAAUUUGACGGAUUUUAUCCAGCGUCGCAUUUCGGUUCUGGAAUCACUUCCACCAAAAUUAUCCACUGGAACUUCAGAGAGUAAACAAGAAUCAUCCCAAGGACUCAGGAAAAAGCCGUUUUCAGUACACGUGAGCAACAACGCGGUACAGUCGACAACACAAAAGUGUCAGGCGUGUUCGGAGUCGCACUAUCUUCACACGUGUCCGACCUUUACGAAAAUGCCGAUAAGCAACAGAGAGUCACUGAUUCGAAGCCACUCGCUCUGUCGGAACUGCUUGCGAAGCGGACAUCUCGCCAAGAAAUGUCAAUCCAAGUAUUCCUGCUGGAAAUGUAAGGGACGUCAUCAUACGAUGCUGUGCUUCCAUGCGGAGGGAGCUGCCACGCAGAAUCAGACGGGAAAACGGGUUUCGUCUGAUGGGAGCGGUCCGUCGACCGCUAAGCCUACUGAAACUUCUUCAAACUCGGCGACUACGGACUCGGUGUCAUCCAACGCGGCUACCGGUCAGUCGUCUAGCAUCCUCCUCGCGACUGCGGUUGUACUUGUCGAGGACAACGAGGGCAACACCGUCACCGCACGCGCGCUGCUGGACUCUGGUUCUGAAUGCAAUUUUAUUGCGGAACGACUUUAUCAACGGUUGAACGUGUCUAUGCAAAAGGUUGACGUUUCGGUCGUUGGCAUUGGACAAGCGGCCAUGAAGUCCAAGCGGAGAAUACAAGCUGUCGUAAAGUCUCGGACAUCUCCCUACAAUCAGGAGAUGAGUUUUCUGGUAUUACCGAAGGUUACUGUGAACCUACCCACAGUUUCCAUCAACACUACGAACUGGAAAAUUCCGGACAAUGUUGAACUCGCUGAUCCGACGUUCUUCCAUUCACGGGUUGUGGAUCUGGUACUCGGCAUUCAACAUUUCUUCAACUUCUUCCAAACGGGAAAGGCGAUUCCGUUGGGCAACGAAUUGCCGCGACUCACCGACUCGGUAUUCGGUUGGGUUGUUUCUGGAGAAGUGUCGUCACCAUGUAGCUUGACGCAAAUCACUUGCAACAUGGCGAUAUCGGACAGCAUGGAGGAGCUGAUGUCCAGAUUUUGGUCCUGUGAGGAAGUAGGAACUGGUAAUAUCUACUCCCCAGAGGAAACGCGCUGUGAGGACCAGUAUGCACGCUCGGUUAGCCGCGCAGCGAACGGACGGUACACUGUUGGACUUCCUAAAAACGAACAAACCUGGGCUCAAUUGGGAGAGUCCAGAACGAUGGCCACCAGGCGUCUUCUAGGCCUGGAACGAAGACUUACUCAGGACGCAGCACUUCGUAAGCAAUACCAAGACUUCAUGAUGGAGUAUCUGGAGCUUGGUCACAUGAAGAAGGUGGAGGCGGGGCCAGCGAACGACUCCCCGCGGUGCUUCCUACCGCACCAUCCAGUAGUAAGAGAAGAAAGUACUACCACGAAGGUGAGAGUAGUCUUCGACGCGUCGGCCAAAACGUCGACCGGGCUCUCUCUCAACGAUGUUCUACUUGUUGGACCGACCAUUCAACCAGAUCUUCGAGAUAUUGUGCUACGGAGUAGAAUGCGGCAGGUGAUGGUUGUAUCGGAUGUGGAAAAGAUGUUCCGCCAGAUAGACAUGGCGCCGGAGGAUUCACCUUACCAGAGCAUUUUGUACCGCUUCAACCCUGAGGAGGAAAUCGCGACGUACGAACUUACGACGGUGACGUACGGUACAAAACCGGCACCGUUUCUCGCCACUCGUACACUAAAGCAGCUAGCUCAGGACGAGCAGCAACGGUUUCCACUAGCAGCUCAAGCAUUGGAAACGGACGUCUACAUGGACGAUGUCAUUUCUGGAGCAGAUGACGUCGCAACCGCUACCGAAUUGAGGGCACAACUGGACAGUUUGCUGGGUUCGGGAGGUUUCAAGCUACGGAAGUGGGCGUCCAACGAGCCAUCGGUACUACGUGGGGUAGCACGGGAGAAUCUAGCACUUCCUGACGAGAUCGAUUGGGAUCAAGAGGCGUCAGUCAACACUUUGGGUCUUAAAUGGCUGCCCAAAACUGAUUGCUUCAGGUUCAAGUUCAAAAUCCAGCGGUGA